AUGCACAACCAUGAACUGCAAGUCUCAUGCUACAUCGACGGUCGCGUGUUGCCGAAGUCUCGAUGGUGUCGCUUGCUACCAGGAAGUUUAUAUUUUAGCCUUUCUCUAAAAACGGGCUACAUAGUCUUCCGAAGUAUCACCCGACACAGACAAGUGAAGUGUUUUCCAUGGAGGGAAACCACUUCUGAAUUACACCCGAAGACGGUCUCCGCACUAGACAUUUUAUUUAAGACCAUCAGAGGCGAGUUUCAUUCCAUUCGCGCCAUUCAAUGUGUAUCCAUGUCCUCAAGUUCCAUUCCUAAGGAUGAGUAUCUAAAGCGCUAUUUGGAACCGAAGAAGGGAAAACACCGGAGGUACAAUGACGUCACGGUGAAGUAUAUUUCAGGGGAUCUUCCUGAAACUCUGGACGCUUUCUACAGUGAAACUGCGGAUGACUUGCCAUUUAGUUCCACCACUCAUGAAGAGGCGCCUACAGUUGUUCGAAAGAAGGCCCCACAAAAGACAGAAGCCGAAAAGUCGAAGGAAUUGGCGACAGCCAAGAAACAGGCAGAGCUGGAGGCCAGAUAUGACGUUUGGAACCGCGGUAUCAAAACUGUUCAAGAGACCUACGAGAAACUAAAGCAACAGGAAUACGAGAGCUCAAAGCCGCUUGCUCGUUAUGCGGAUGAUGAAGAUUUGACGAAACAUCUGAAGUCACAAAUCCAUGCAGAGGAUCCAAUGGCGCAAUACUUUGCCAAAAAAGAACAGAAGAAGAAAAAGAAGCACAAACGGUCUUCAUCCGCUUCAUCUGGAGACGAGGAUAGUCCUGAGCGGCCCCGGUACCAGGGCCCUGAGCCCCCACCCAACAGAUAUGGCAUCGCUCCGGGCUAUCGUUGGGACGGUGUGGAUCGCAGCAACGGUUUCGAGCAGAAAAUUGUGGAUGAAGUGACCCGUCGACGUUUGGAUCGGGAAGCUGCUCAGCAAUGGGCUAUGGAAGAUAUGUGAAUCGACUGGUCUCAGUCAAGUUAGCCGUCCACACUGUAAAGUACCCCUUUCGACCGAACCUGUACAUAUACGAAACCUCCCCUUCCACGUCCAGUGUAUCGACCAACCAUCUAUAACGGUUAUUUGUGCAAACUCUGCAUAUCUUGUCCUCCUCUGUUCAAUCCCAGUGGUUCUUCACCGCAGUUACGAAGACCACACAUUCGGUGAUAUGACAUGUGGAGUGUACGACCAGGUGUAAAUUGAAUUUUCAAAUCACCCCAACUACUCACUGUGUAAUUAGCAGCAUUUGGCUUGGGUCUUUU